CGAAACUGAAGAAGGAUGAGCCGGAGAUGGACCGGCCUACUGAUGACCGUGGCGGUUCUGAUCGUAGCAUUGCUCGUAACGGUAACGGUUGCUCGACGGCAUCAUCUGGAAGUGCGGGAUGAUUUCCGGCGGUAUAUUUUGCUCAGUACGUUUGGGUUUUAUGCUGGAGGUGUUUUGGAUGUACGGGUUUCACACUUUCGUGUCGAUCCAAGUACAGAGGAUAAUAUGUUUGGCCUUUCGCUCGACAAAACAAUGUCAGACUCGAUGAAUCCGUAUCUAGAUUCGCAUCAAGACAAGUGCAUUCUCACCGAACCAGUUGCUGUACAAAGUAACGGACCAAUUGUGUUCUUCAAGAUGGAUCUCAAACAGAAUGUCGUACAUGUCAGUUGUUCCAAGGACUGGCAAAAUAUUCACCUUUACAAAGACCGUAGCGGUGUGCCAGCGCUUCGUUCCAAGCGUCAAUCGUUCGCACAGGUCAGCGAUUCGAAGAUGGUGUACAUGCAGCGCCGUCGUCGGGCAAAUGUUUUCCCCCACGCAGCUGAUGGCGUGGCAGAUGUCGGGGAUGCGGCAACCGUCUGUAGCAAGCUGACACUGCCGCUGGAAGUGAAAGCAGACGAUAUGUUCAAGUACUACAGCUUUAAUUUUGCCAUAUACGUUGCUACUAAGCAGGAGGAAGGGCUGUACAAUCUCUAUUUCCACAGCUGCCCGAACUACUCACCGAACAGUCUGUACGAGCUGAAUUUUAACGUCGAUAUUGAGGAGAAAAAUAGCGGCAACUAUCUGUCCGCUGGUGAAAUGCCGCUGCCGGCGCUCUACUUCAUGAUGUCCAUUUUGUUUUUCCUUUCCGGCCUGUUUUGGGUGUUCAUACUGCGGAAAAGUAAACAUCCACUGUUCAAAAUACACUACCUGAUGGGUGUGCUGGUGUUUCUCAAAUCGUUGUCGUUGAUGUUUCACGCGAUUAAUUACCAUUUUAUUGAAGUGCAGGGCGAACACGUCGAAGCUUGGGCGAUUCUCUACUACAUUACGCAUCUACUCAAGGGUGCGGUGCUGAUCAUUACCAUAGUACUCAUUGGCACCGGAUGGACAUUCAUCAAGCACAUACUGGCGGACAAGGAUAAGAAGCUCUUUAUGAUCGUGAUACCGUUGCAGGUGCUUGCAAAUGUGGCUGAAAUUAUUAUCGCGGAAAGCGACGAGGGUGACAAGGAGUAUAGCACCUGGCGGGAUAUAUUCAUGCUAGUCGAUUUGCUGUGCUGCGGUGCGAUUCUGUUCCCGGUCGUUUGGUCGAUCCGGCAUCUACAGGAAGCGGCCGGUACGGAUGGUAAAGCGGCAAUCAAUCUGCGCAAGCUAAAGCUGUUCCGUCAGUUUUACAUCAUGAUCGUAUGCUAUAUUUACUUUACGCGCAUUAUUGUUAUUUUACUGAAGAUUACCGUCGCAUUCCAGUACGCUUGGCUGGAUGAAAUGUUUAAGGAGAUGGCCACUUACGUGUUCUUCGUGCUGACCGGGUACAAGUUCCGACCCGUUUCACAGCAUCCCUACUUUUCCGUGCAUGGUGAGGAUCUCGACGAUGAUGACGAUGAUGGUGAAGUGGAAAUCCUCACACAAUCAGGACUGAGCGAUGGCAUCAGUAAGAUCACAAACCGAUCCCAACCAUCGUCAAACAUAGCGUCUGGCGCUACGCUGGUGGAAUCGCACGAAGAAGAGCGAGAGAAUUUGAUAAGCAAGCGGGAAUCAUCUCACGAGUACGAUUAGGCUUGUCGCUUGUCGGAAUGAUUCAAUGAAUACGGCUUGUGGAGGAAGAAAAUCAGGAAAUUUUUGCAUGUAACAAUUUUUUCUUCCGCAAAUAGAUUUUUUGGCAUUCGCAACUCUUCUUCACACACGUUUGAUCGUAUGGAAAAAAUGGCUGUAGGACAACGUAGGACAAUUUAGGGCAGGGUUAGGGAAUGGAAUUACUUCUAAUUCAUGUGAUUCUAAUCCGGCUGAUCCGGAUGAUUGCGAUGCGCAUCUGCAAAACUUGUACACGAACAUCAACAGGCAACAAUCGUAGAGGGAAAACGUUUUUCCCACAGUUCCCACAUCUACACAAAUUGAGCUAUAAUGCCACAAACGGACACAAGUUGAUAGAAGUUUGUAAUACUUCUUGGACGAAACCGCAGCUAGCUAGUUGUGUGUUUUAGAAAACAUGCAAAACUAUAAGUACUAUCGCGUACGAUAACAAUAUAAGCGAAUGAUAACGAUGCAGCUAUUUCGCAAAGAUAGAGAUAUUGACCUUUCCAAUGAUAACAUGUAACAUGCAUUCAAACGCGGGGCGAAGCAAUAGUAGCAAAGUCUGUUUUUCCUCGGUUUCUCCUCAAACUGGAACAAGUUGCAAGUUUGUAGACCACACUUCCCUAACAAAGUUCCCUUCACCCGUUUUAAUGAAUCCGUGCUGUGAUCUAGCGCCCUCGUCGUCACUGUUUGCUGGCGUGCUUGAAAGUGUAGUAGCGCAUAGUCCAGAUGAAUGGUUGGUGUAGAUUUUAAAAAAGGACCACAAAAUACUAAAUGAUAAUUUAACGUAAAAAAAAAAUGAAAUGCGAUACCCGAUAUGAUGGUACCAUAUGCUGCACUCUAGAAGAUUAUAGUUGAAAACCCGUACAACGGCGGAAGGACAAAUAUAAAAUGAAGAAAAAAACAACAACCUAGACAUACACAUACACAGAAACAUGUAAGCUAAAUAAAUCACCAUAAAUGAUAAAAUAUAAUUUAAGUAAUUCAGAUUAA